ACACACUCCACUCUAGGAGGUACCUUAUCUCAUAUACACACGCACAUCGACAAUAAUGGGCUUCACAACCGGCCUCCUCUCCGGCUUCACCCUUACAGCUUCCAUUCUGUACCUCUCCACCGAACUUCACGCCCGCAACAGAGCACAUCAGACACUGCUACUACGCCAACAAGCUCGUCUCGUCUCGAACAUCUACGCCCCCGAACCGCCACUCCCUCCUCAGCCGGAUCGAAGAAUCCAGGCCGGUAUUUGGGAGACUGCGAAGGACAAGUGGAACUCUACGCUAGAGAAGGAAGUGAAGAUGCUGCAAAAUGUGGACUGGAGUAGUUGGACCGAGAGAGUGGAAGAGAGCGUGGGGAAUCAGAUAUCAAGGGUCUUCCAACGGGGGAAGGAGAUCGCGGAGAAGGCGAGGUGA